AUGGACGUUCCAGAGACCAUGUUAGCGUGGCAGAAGCAUUUCGGCAGCACGAAGCCGGUCCGCGUCGAGGUGCCCGUGCCUACGCCUGGCGAGAAUGGCUUGCUGAUCAAAAUCCACGCCGCGGGAGUCUGCCACAGCGAUUUCGCAUUGUUACAAACGCCAGUCAAGCCGCCGGGCUAUCUUGACAAGUAUACGUUGGGCCACGAAGGCUGCGGAGAAGUCGUGUCGGUCGGUGCCAAAGUCACGAAAUUCGCCCCAGGCGACAUGGUAUCGAUCCUAUCGGUCCCCGGCUGCGGAAGUGCCACCUGUCCAACAUGUUCUGCCGGCGUCCCACAGAUCUGCCCGGCGGGGGAUCACUAUGGGAUUGGAAACGCGCACGGGUCGUUUGCUCCGUACAUCGCGGUUGUCGAAAGCGCCGCUGUCAAAUUACCCGCCGUGGUAAGUGCGGCUGCCGGUGCCGUCGCGACCGAUGCGUGCGUGACGUCCUACAACGCCGUGGUGAAUCGGGCCAAGGUCAAGAAAUCCGACACGGUCUUGCUGUACGGCCUCGGCGGGCUGGGGUUCAAUGCGUUACAGAUGAUCUUGAACAUUGGCGCGAGGGUCCUCGUCGUGGACAAGAGGCAGGAGAUCUUGGACGAGGCGGUCAAGUUCGGGGUCAAGAAGGAGGAUGUCGUCCCCGUGAACACUCCCAGUGUGAGUGAUUGGGUUGCGAAGAGAUCGUUAGUAGUGGACACGGCGAUCGAUUUCGUCGGGGUGCCAGAGACGUUUAGGACCGCCAUUGAGAGCGUCCGCCACGCCGGAACCGUCGUCCUAGUAGGCCUACUGAGUGGCGAAGUGACAAUCCCCUCAUUCGUCGCGGUGCGCAAACAACUUGACAUCCUGUGCAGCUAUGGCGGGACGGUCGAGGAUCUCGUCGCGAGUCUGGACCUGAUUUCCCGGGGCGUCAUCACCCCGCAAGUCGAGACGGGGAGCAUGGCGGAUUUCCCCAAGGUUCUGGAGGAUUUGCACGCCGGGAGGGUCAAGAGUCGGAUCGCGCUCGUUCCGGAAGGCAUGCAAUGA